AUGGGCCAGUGCAACUGCCGCAAGAAGCGCAAGGACUGCCAGGAGCUCACUGACGUGGAGCGGGCCAUUGAGACCGUCAUCAACCAGUUCCACUGCUACGCGGUGAAGGGGCAGAAGGAGUACCUGACGCCCAACGAGAUGCAGGAGCUGGUGGUGCAGAAGCUGCCCCACCUGGGGAAGUGCGUUGGACCGUUGGAAGAGAAGAUCGAAUGCAUGGGAGACCCUAACGAGGCCAAACUGGAGUUCGGAGAGUACUGGGACAUGAUGGGGGACGCGGCCAAGGGCUGCCGGAGGAAGUAG